UUGCCGUGUGGUCUAUCGUUUUAUGGUGCCGAUUGCUUUCGUUUUAAUUGUUAGUUGCUAGCAAAAUGUGCGUAAAACAACUCGUUAUAUUUGCGCCAUUGCUUGCCGUGACGUUGUCCAUCUACCCAUACUUUGAUACGCAAGAUUUCAUCUAUAAUGUUCCUAAAGUUUAUCGCGUCUCGAUAACAUUGGAUAAGUUAUUAAACUACUACGAGAAGAAGCCUUCCAAGGAUCCAGAGUGGUACAUCGCUUUGGGUAUCGCCAGAGGUCAAUUGGAAUACACAAUCAAUGAACUGGACAAGUCUGUACCCGAGAAAUUGAAGGAAAACUUAGUCAAUAUCACCAGGCGCAUGGACCGCAUCAAAAACAACACGGACCUUUUAAAUUUGGUAUUUCGUAGUAAGGAUUAUGAAUACGUUGCCAAAGCAAUAUUUGAAAACUUGGAGGUUCUUGCGUCUAUAAUGGAACCCAUUACUAUCGGGACCAUGGGCACGCAGAAACCGUAUCGCUUCAACUUUGAACAGUAUGUGCAAGAAGCGAGGAACAAGAUGCCGACGAGAAAAGCUGCAGGAAAUUUCAUGAAAAUGAAAAACGAAUCUCGUCAACAAAGUUUUCGUAGUAAUGUCACAGGUAAUGUGCCUGACUUCCAUAGGGUUGAGUUGGCGUGGGAAUAG